AAAUAACGACCAGUGACUCUCUAUGUAUCUAUCAAGAUAGUUCACCGGCGUGACGGGCAGUUGGUGUGACGAUGUAUUUCAUCUGGCAAUCAUCUAUCCCAUUGGUGUUCAUAUUUUUAUGGAAAACAGGUGAUUGCAAGGAAAAGUGUAUGUCAGACCUAAAACUUGCAGCAGUAAGCAAUACUGUAUUUGACUUAAGCGUAAAAGAACUAAGAAGUAAGGAGCAGUGUAUUCAGAAUGCUAUAGAUACGUCAUGGAUUCUUCAAAUGAAUGACACUGCAGCUGGAAUUUCUCUAAAUUAUUCCGUAAAAUGUCAGCAAGGCUGCCAGCAUUGCAAUGAUGAAUCCCUUCGACCACAUCCUCCACAAGAGAUUACUUACAGAUCAACGACUGGAUCAGACUUGUGUGUCAGGUGGAAAGGGAAUGUAUCAACAAAUUAUACGAUGUAUUAUAGACAAGGAAGAGGAUACUGUUCGGAUGAGUACCAACAGUGCAUAGCAGAUAGGUCAGAGAACAAAUUUUUUGAAUGCUGCCCACAAAAUCUUCAUCCGGUUGCUCCUAUAUUCAUGAGGAUAAAUUAUGAAAACAAAUAUAUGUAUGUGAAUGGUACAUUAUACUGGUUGAGAGCUCAGACUAUAGCCAUACCCAAUCCACUCAAGAGUUUUACCUAUCAGCUUCUAGAUGAUAAAACAGUUCACUUUAAGUUUGAAGAUCCUGAAGAUUGGAAUUUUGAUUCAUUCUCCUUGUUGGAUAAACGAAUUUGUCAAAUAUCACCACCUGUUGAAGACGGUGCAAAAUGCAAAACUAAAACGUUUCAAUACCUACCAAAUUCAUGGACAAUAACUGGACUCAGUUAUGAUACACAAUACAUAUAUACGGCUCAGUGUUACCGUAUUGAAGGCAGAUGGAGUGAAGAAAAAAGCAUCACAUUCCACACUGGAGGGGACAUGUCGGUUGAUGUUGAUUGGAAGGAAAAAUGUAUGUCAGACCUAAAACUUGCAGCAGUAAGCAAUACUGUAUUUGAAUGGAAUGUAAAAGAACUAAGAAGUAAGGAGCAGUGUAUUCAGAAUGCUAUAGAUACGUCAUGGAUUCUUCAAAUGAAUGACACUGAAGCUGGAUUUGUUCUAACUUAUUCCGUAAAAUGUCAGCAAGGCUGCCAGCAUUGCAAUGAUGAAUCCCUUCGACCAUAUCCUCCACAAGAGAUUACUUACAGAUCAACGACUGGAUCAGACUUGUGUGUCAGAUGGAAAGGAAAUGUAUCAACAAAUUAUACAAUGUAUUAUAGACAAGGAAGAGGAUACUGUUCAGAUGAGUACCAACAGUGCAUAGCAGAUAGGUCAGAGAACAGAUUUUUUGAAUGCUGCCCACAAAAUCUUCAUCCGGUUGCUCCUAUUUACGUGAGGAUAAAUUAUGAAAACAAAUAUAUGUAUGUGAAUGGUACAUUAUACUGGUUGAGAGCUCAGACUAUAGCCAUACCCAAUCCACUCAAGAGUUUUACCUAUCAGCUUCUAGAUGAUACAACAGUUCAGGUUAAGUUUGAGGAUCCUGAAGAUUGGAAUUUUGAUUCAUUCUCUUUAUUGAAUAAACGAAUUUGUCAAAUAUCCCCACCAGUUGAAGACGGUGCAAAAUGCAAAACUAAAACGUUUCAGUACCCACCAAAUUCAUGGACAAUAUUUGGACUCAGUUAUGAUACACAAUACAUAUAUACGGCUCAAUGUUACCGUAUUGAAGGCAGAUGGAGUGAAGAAAAAAGCAUCACAUUCCACACUGGAGGGGACAUGUCGGUUGAUGUUGAUUGGAAGGAAAAAUGUAUGUCAGACCUAAAACUUGCAGCAGUAAGCAAUACUGUAUUUGAAUGGAAUGUAAAAGAACUAAGAAGUAAGGAGCAGUGUAUUCAGAAUGCUAUAGAUACGUCAUGGAUUCUUCAAAUGAAUGACACUGAAGCUGGAAUUGUUCUAAAUUAUUCCGUAAAAUGUCAGCAAGGCUGCCAGCAUUGCAGUGAUAAAUCCCUUCGACCAUAUCAUCCACAAGAGAUUACUUACAGAUCAAGGACUGGAUCAGACUUGUGUGUCAGAUGGAAAGGAAAUGUAUCAACAAAUUAUACAAUGUAUUAUAGACAAGGAAGAGGAUACUGUUCAGAUGAGUACCAGCGGUGCAUAGCAGAUAGGUCAGAGAACGAAUUUUUUGAAUGCUGCCCACAAAAUCUUUAUCCGGUUGCUCCUAUUUACGUGAGGAUAAAUUAUGAAAACAAAUAUAUGUAUGUGAAUGGUACAUUAUACUGGUUGAGAGCUCAGACUAUAGCCAUACCCAAUCCACUCAAGAGUUUUACCUAUCAGUUUCUGGAUGAUACAAAAGUUCAGUUUAAGUUUGAGGAUCCUGAAGAUUGGAAUUUUGAUUCAUUCUCUUUAUUGAAUAAACGAAUUUGUCAAAUAUCCCCACCAGAUGAAAACGGUGCAAAAUGCAAAACUAAAACGUUUCAGUACCCACCAAAUUCAUGGACAAUAUCUGGACUCAGUUAUGAUACACAAUACAUAUAUACGGCUCAAUGUUACCGUAUUGAAGGCAGAUGGAGUGAAGAAAAAAGCAUCACAUUCCACACUGGAGGGGACAUGUCGGUUGAUGCAGCAACAACACCUGGUCAUCAUGAUCCAGUCAGCACAGAGAUGAGGAAUACAUCUACAAGUACAACAGUUACAAUGUUUACUUCAACUCAGAAUCUGUCCAGUCUUCCGAGUCGGCCAGUUCAGAAUAAAGCGAAAUCGUCAACAACACCUGGUCAUCAUGAUCCAGUCAGCACGGAGAUGAGGAAUACAGUGUUUGCUUCAACUAAGAAUAAAGUUGCCUCGAAUAUUGUCCUGAUUCUGCUAGGAUUUGUUAUCGCAGCAAUGAUUGUCGUUCUCUUUGGAGCUUAUCGGUGGAUGUCCAAAAGAUUGUGUUGGAAAAUUCCAGAACCGAAUAUUCCUCCUAUAAUUGUUGAUUUUAGGGUUCCAAAUACUGUAGUAGAAAAAGAAGUGUUUGACGAGCUCAGAACAAGGAAUGAAACAUUAUCUGUAACCUCGAACAACGCUGUUGACAGUGGUCGGGGAACAUCUGAGGGCACCCCGGAUGAAAGCAGCUUCAAUAAAUACAUUCAAUUACAACUGCUCAACGACCAAAUCUCGGCCAAUCACAUGCACACACACCGAGGCUUCAAACACGAAAUUGUUGAUGACAGUGCUGAAGACAACUCAGGAAGUAACCAUGGUGAUGGAGUUGGCAUUAGUGAAUUUUCAUUUAUGAAUUUAAUUUAUGAGAAUAAAGUAUUGGUGAAUGAAAACAUGGGAAGGAAAUUGCACGAUUAUGUUAAUGAUGACGACAGUAGUGAUGAUGAUGAUGACGAUGACGACGACGAUGAUUGUGAUGAUGGUGAUGACGAUGGUAAUGAAACGUAUGAUGGUGAUGAUGAGGUAAAUGAUAAUGAUGACGAUAAUUACGGAGACGUGAGCGGAGACGCCGACUACGACGAUUAUGUGAACGAUGGCAACAGUAAUGCCACAGACGCAGUCUCCCAAUUCAACAUGCUUGAUAUAAAUAAUAGAGAAUACUCGGUAUUGACGAUAGCAAACAAGGUACAUAAUCUCAACUUAGCUGUCAAUCAAACGUAACUGAAUGACAGGGGCAGGAUUGUUGUCGUACAUACGUUGUCGUCUUGUGGGACCUUAGCAACAACCCCAUGCAUUUAUUUUAGCUGGGAAAUGGUGAUCUUGACAACACUAUGGGCAAAUGCUCUGAUUAAGAUCAGCUUAAGCAAAUUUGUUAUACUUUGAUAGUGCAACAAUGCAUACUAACUAUUUUAAUAUUUUUUAAAGGCAUAUUUCAAUACAGUUUACAGUAGUUAAAUUGGAUAAUAUAUAUAUAUCUAUAUAGGCCUAUAUAUAUAUAAAUAUAAAUUUAAAGUGUAUGUAUGUUAAGUAAGAUAAUGAUAAUGUAAUUCUAUGAAACUUGUAAUCGCUUUAAAAACAGGUGGUUGGUCUGUGACACGUGUUAUGCAGAGCUUAAUGGGCUUAGAUGUUAGAAUUGAUGCAAUUUGCAAUAAAUGUUACCUAAUAUAAUUAUA